AUGUGGCAAAUCGAAGUGCUUUUGUGCUUGAGCCAAGGGAUUUGCCAGCCGCAUUGGACUACUUCACAAAGAAGGCCAUCGAAUCGUUCGACGACAGCAUCACCUGCUGUGAACAACUCGGAGUAUGAGUGGCUCAGUGUGUCACAGAAGGACACUUUCGUCCCAAGCAUCGGCAUGGCCUGGACUCCUCCAAACCUGAGCAGGCCAUCCUACGCUUCCACGACAGAGUCAAUCGGUGCAGAUAGUACGGGGUGGCUUGAAUGGCUGAACGAUGAUGAGGAGGACACGAAGUCUUCACAAAUGCUUCAAGGUGAAUCAUGUGCUGCCGGCGAUGGUAAGAAAGACUGUUUCAACAAGGACUCUAAUUUGGGUUCCAUUCCGGUGGGCACCGUGUUGGAUCUUCCAAAACUCAGGCUAUUUGAGGGUGAAAACAGUGAGAAGGACUUGGGCUCGCUUCCGAUCCCGGAACGCAUGGACUUGGGCUGGGUUCCUCCAAAGCUGAGUAGGCACAUGUUGAAUUUGUAUGGCGGUCAGGUAAUCAAGACUGUGAUUGGUGCGUUUCGUGCUCUCAGGCCAGCCUAUGGUUCUACGGCAGAAUCACUUUGUGCAGAUGCGAUGAGGGAGUUUGGGCAAUACAACCCCUGUGAGAAGGACAACUUCCUUGCUUCAGAGCGUGCUUUGCUUGGUCUUUGUGAAGACAGGGCAGCCCUAGAGCGUCGAUUUGAUGCUGAGGUGGAUGAGGACGCAGCUGCCAUGCACAUUUGCCAGCCCAUUGGUUGGGGUUCUUUGCAGAUGAUGGCGCAGACUGUAUCGAAGUUCCUCACACUGUGUCAGGCUGAAACAAACCCAGACGGGAACGAGUUCCAAACGUUGGCCGCUUCGACAACACACAGCAGUGUUGAGCAGCUCAAACUUGAUGGAAGCCAGAAGUGCCGGGGUAAAGACCUGGGCCCACGCCGAAGGGUGCCAGGCGGGAUGGUGCUGGGGUCCCACGACUCUGGGUGA